AUGUUAUUUUUUCUUUCAUUCUUUCAAAGUCGCUUUCUAUAUUACUGUCUUCAAGCCCGAUCGCUUGGAUUCCGUCAUGCUUCUUUAAUAAUGCUAACAAUUCUUCAUCGGUUGGUGCGGCUUCCAUUGUCAUCACUUCGUUUACUGUUGCUUGUGAAUAAUAUUCUUCGUUCAUUUUUAUUGAGGGAUUUAUUUUUAUUUUGCCUUCACCAUUUAUUAUUUGUCCUAAUUUUGUUUUGCUUAUCCAUAAACGAGAGGGUAGUUGUUCCUUAGGUUUGACUUCUAAUCUAUUAUAAUAAUCAUUCCCAAUUAAUAUUUGUGGUUUCCCUAUUUUUUCAUUUAUUUCGAGUUUCGUUUUUCGUAAUGCUUCUUCGUUUACAUCCUUCUUUAAAAAUAUUCUGGUUCGACCUAGA